UACUCGCGAGUGGAGACGAUGAUGGGAAUGUUCAUCUCUGGUCUAUCGAGAACACACUUUCCGCAGCAUUCGAGACGGAUUACUCAUACCUUGCGCAUCGCAGUAAGGUGAAGUUAGGCCAAAAGCUCUAUGCGGAGGCCCUCUCGGAUGCGGAAAAGGUGCGGACAAUAUUCGUCGUUGUUUCAACAUCUGUGAUGAUGUUCGUAGGUCAUCGAGCUCAACCCUUCAUCCUAUCUCGGGUACGAAUUGAAGCAUGCAGCGCUUCAUGGAGCACGUCGCUAUGAUGAUGCAUUCAAGGCUUUCACAAUCAUGCUCUCCAAGUUGGAUGAUACACCAGACCCACGGAUACGACAGCUACGCCAUACAUACGCCAAUUUAUCUAAAAUAGAAGAUGCUAUUCGACAAGCCAUUCACGAUCAACUGGAAAAUGCCCCCCUUCGUCUAAUCAACACCUCUACUGGACAUUUGUGCGAUCGAGAUGCACAGAUAAACGCAUUCAUGGAGAGUACAGAGCACAAAGAGCUUUUGCAUUCAUUGAUGAUGCAUGCGCCCGACCAAACGGAGUCCAUCAAAGAAGCGGUCGCGAAGUACUUCAGCUGGGUCAUGUUGUCCCAUAGGUGGGAAAGGAAGGAGCCGCUACUGCACGACAUUCAGGGCAACGACGUAUACAAUUUGAAUCCGGUCGGAACCAUUGUGAAGUUGCAGAAGUUCUGCAAAGUUGCACACAAUGCGGGGCAUCGUUGGGCGUGGAGCGACACGUGCUGCAUCGACCAGAACAACAAUGUUGAGCUCCAGCAAUCAGUCAACUCCAUGUUCGUCUGGUAUCACUACUCAGCGCUCACCAUCGUCUACCUAUCGGAUGUUCCUCCUUCAUCAAAGUUGGGCGCGCUCGCAAACAGCACUUGGAACACGCGAGGAUGGACCGUUCAGGAGUUCCUCGCUCCUAAAAUUGUUCUCUUCUACCAAGCAGAUUGGACCUUAUAUCUGGAUUACCGCUCACGCAACCACAAGGAAUCUGUCAGCAUCAUGCAGGAGUUGGAAAAUGCAACAGGCAUAAAUGCGUGGGCACUCGUUGACUUCCAUCCAGGGACAAGAGAUGCCCGAGAGAAACUCCGAUGGGCGUCAAACCGAAACACCACCAGGGAGGAAGACAUCGCCUACUCUUUGUUCGGCAUUUUUGAUGUCAACCUUCCUGUCAUCUACGGAGAGAAAAGACAAAAGGCACUUGGACGACUGCUGCAGGAGAUCAUAGCCCAUUCGGGCGAUAUCACGGCCUUAGACUGGGUGGGACAAUCGUCCAACUUCAACAGUUGUCUUCCUGCCGAGAUUUCUUCAUACAAGGCUCUGCCAUGCACGGUACUAUCUCUAUCUAAACACGACAUGCAGAAGUCGGUCUCCACGCUGCGAAACAAUAUUAUGGCUGUGGCGUCAGCUUCGAAACUAUAUACCGUUCUUGAGAACCUCAGCGUUCCUCGUUUCGCAAACGCCAGAUUGCAAUUGCCUUGCAUCAUAUUUCCUAUCACAGAAGUCAGGCGGAGGCCUGGUCAAGACGGGGAUACAUGUUUCAUUUAUGACGUCAAGGCAGACGGGCUACAAGACCUGCUGGUCAUAACGGAAGACAGGCUUGCUCAAUUCUCGCCUGCAAAGCGUACUCGGCGGACAUUCCUGCUCGUCCGUCCGUGGAAUCGGUCUGAUCUCGGGCUGAUUAAUUUUGCAGACGAGCCACAGAGCGUAGAAGAUUGGCCCGAGCCUGGGUCUCCUGGCUACAACGAACCGACUACGCGAGAGUUGAGGUUGAUCGUUCGGCUCGGACAGCCUUUUGGCGGACUUUUGCUAGCGCAGCAGUGGGGUGGGGAGUAUAAGAGAAUUGCUUCGGAUAACAGAAUCAUCGCGCAAGUUGCGGACAUAACAUCUGUUGAUGACAUGAUGAACGUCAGGAUGUUGGAGAUAUUGUAGCUGCGAUGAACGGGACAUUUUCAUUUCAUACAUUGACAACACUUCCACAUGCACAGUAUCCAUAAAAUUUUACAUUGUAUCGGUCUCAAACUCUAGUCUCCAAACCCGAUGUCCUUUGGAAGAGGAGAAAGCUUUAGCGCAAGUUAUGUGCAAAUGCUUCCUAGAACUGCCAGCCUUCGUCUAGAAUCGUCUAGUAAUCGAC